AUGCUCACCAAGAACACCUCCCUGGCUGCUCUGGGCGCUCUGGUCACCCUGGCCGCCCUGGCGACGUCUCUGCUCGAGCUCAAUCUCCCCCGACUCAAUCUCCUCCAGGGGCUGGCGGCCUCUGUAGGCUCGGACAAUUCGCUAGAUGAGAAAGGCCAACAGGGGGAGGACAAGCAUCGAGGUGAUGACGAUCAUCAGGGCGAUGGUGAUGGCUCUGUUAGUGCGGCUUACGUGGUGCUCCUUCUAAGGCUCUUCCUCGUUGCCCCAGAUGCUGAGGCGGGCCAUGUCAGCGGUGAGAUGAUACAUGCUGAUAGUUGGGCGUGGAUUGGCUCCGUGGGUAGUGGAAAAACUUCGAGAUGGAUGGGUGGCGGGGAGACGGGGGAUUUAUCCUAG